CCCGAUUUUUGACACUUGACACUUCGUUAAUCGAUUGUUUUUUUGGUUGCGUUGUGCCGGUUUUUGGUGUGAUUUUUUACUGGAAGAGAAAUUAAUUUAAGCGUAACAGUUGGAAAAUUUUUGCAAGGAGGUUUUCUGGCGACUUGAGCAAGUUUAUAUUUAGUCGUUGAUAGUCAUGGCUAUGAAUUCUUCACAAGUUAAAGCGGCCCAUCUUCAACAGCAACAAAACAACAUGGCGGGACCAGGAGGAACCGGUUGGCCAAGACGAAAUAGCCAGAACGCUGCACAAGAGACGAAAUUCAUUGCGCCCGUAGUUGCUCCUCCAUCAGCAGCGAUUAAUAGGAUCAUUAAAGUGUAUCCGUUAACAAACUACAUAUUUGCUACCAAAGAACAUCUUUUUGAAAAAGAUCCCUCUGUACCAGCUAGGUUUCAAAGAAUGCGCGAUGAAUUUGAGAGAAUUGGAAUGAGACGAAGUGUAGAGGGUGUUCUAUUAGUACACGAACAUAAUCUUCCACAUGUUUUACUACUUCAGUUAGGGACUACCUUCUUUAAGUUGCCAGGUGGCGAGUUAAACCCUGGCGAAGAUGAAGUUGAAGGUUUAAAAAGAUUACUGACAGAGACGCUCAGCCACAUGGACGGCGCUAAGCCGGAUUGGCACGUGGAGGACAUCAUCGGCAACUGGUGGAGGCCCAACUUCGAACCGCCCCAGUACCCCUACCUUCCGUCGCACAUAACCAAGCCCAAGGAGCACAAGCGCCUAUUUUUAGUGCAACUGCCAGAGAAGGCCACGUUUGCCGUACCUAAAAACUACAAGUUAGUCGCUGCUCCAUUGUUUGAACUGUAUGACAAUUCUCAAGGAUACGGACCAAUCAUAUCGUCCUUGCCACAGUCAUUGUGCAGAUUUGAGUUCAUAUACAUGUGAUGUUUGAAGUAAAGAGCGAAAAAAAAAUUUGGGAACAACAGGUGGUUUACAGACACAUUUCCUUCAUUAUUUCCAGUUCAAUUUUUUUACCAAGCUGUUUGAUUUCUUUAAGACCUAGGUUAUGUAUUUUUUUUUCGGGGGAUGAAACAUCAAAGAAACAUAAAAAGGCAGUAAAGUUAGAUCUCAACAUUAAUUAC